CCUCAGCCCUCCUUUUCUGACUUGUUCACUUCAGAGCAGUGAUGUCAUAGCCCCACUGACUGGCUGUAGGCGCGUCUGCUACUGCUAGGGGGCAGUGGGUGACAUCAACGACAGAACAACAAAAACAAAGCGCAGUCCGUUGGGCAACUAGCGAGCAGAAAGGAGCGUUAAUGUUCCAUGGCGAGCCAAGUCAGAAUCAACACGGAGGAUGCUGCCACAGAGGCGGUGCCGGAGGCUGUAAGCGCAGCGGCGAGGCUGACCAGCGCUGGGCAUUCAGGUGAGGCGAUGGCGGUGGCAGGGCACGAGGAAGAGCAGGCUGCUUAUCGGGACCGGGAAGUCAUCGGUAAUUCUCUGACAGGAUUCUUUCGCUUUUCAAACGUGAUCGACUGGAAGAGACCGUUCAGGACCAUGACUUUAUUUGCUGUCACAAAUGCUGUGUUCUGGUUUGUGGCCCUCAGUUCCUAUAGGGUCUACUGUUUUCUUGCCCUCUGCUCGGCCUUAAAGGUUACAGCAUUGCUCGUUAAACAGGUGGCUGGCUCCAGACGAGGCACUUUCCCUAAAGGAGCACAUUUAUGGCGCAGCAUGACUGCAAGCUGGGAGGUCAUUGAUGAGGACCAGGACAGAAGAUCUGGGGCUGGGCCUCUGGUCACAGACUCCUGGACAAGCUUCAAGCUUUUUCUAAUGGAAACCUCCUCCUUCAAGCAGCAGAAUCCAGGCAAGUUUUGCUUGCUGGUCUGCAGUUUGUGCACCUUCUUUGCCGUCUUGGGGCGCUACAUUCCUGGGGUUCUCAUCUUGUAUGUUUUAGUUCUUGGCAUCUUCCUAUGGCCACUGAUGUCAACGCAGGAGUUUGGGUUUUGGAUGAAGCCAGUUCUGCAGAAGCUGGACUUUGGAGUGGAAAGAUUCCUUCAGAAAAUCAGAGACAAUCAUGAAAAGAGACUCCUUCAGGCUCAAGCUGAGCGAGAAAGUAUUGAAGCUGACCUGUCCUCCCUUUUUCCUAAGUUGGACUCCACAGUUUGUAAGGAGAUGUCUGUAUCGGACACAGAGGCCUCUGAUGUGACAUGGACUGACAAUGGAACAUUUAAUCUGUCUGAAGGACAUACGCCCCAGACUGAGAACUCAGAAGACCUGGACAGAGAAGAAGCCUUCACAGGAGGUCUUCCCGAGUUCCCCUCCGUGGACAAUGGCACCAACGGGGAGGACGACGACGACCUGAGCAUCGGCCUUCCCACGCCGUCUUCCCAAUCCCAGCCCCGACACAGCCAAGCCGAGGGGGAGUCGCCGGCCCCUCCGCACGGGGACCCCGCCACCCAGGCCAUGGAGCUUGUCCACAAGAUGGCGGGUGAAGUCAUAACGGCGGCGGUCACCGCAGCCAUCCAGGAGAGAUUUGAGGCCGCCUUCAGUGCCGCCGCGCCCACCCGGCAGAGGUCCUCGCCGCGCCCCAAUCCCACGACCCUGCUGCCACUGGACCUGGCGGGAGAGUCGUCGUCGGAAAGCGACGUGGAGGACUUUGAGCUGCUCGACCAGUCGGAACUGGAGCAGCUGGAAGGGGAGCUGGGCCUCGGGGCGGGCACGGUGUCGGCCGUCAAGCCCGAAGGGAACGCGUCCCAGUCCGGCGACGGUAGUUUCCUCUCCAAACUCUUGGGCCGCCACUGAUUAGAGCAGGGGAGGCGUAGCAGAGGGUAGAUAGUUGAUGGCACGUGGAGACUGGAAGAGGAGGCGUGGUCGGGCAGUGGGGGUGGUGGGGGC